AUGGAGAAGGCCACGUCGUCGUGGUUCCAUGUGCAAGCGGCAGCGGCGGCGGUGGUGCCGGAUCUGUCGCUGGCGUUGUCCUCAGAGGACAGCAGCCAAGACCGGGACGAGGAGGUUGCACCGACGGCGCGCGUGGACGGCAGGACGGUGCGGCUGUUCCAGUGCCUGUUCUGCGACAAGACGUUCAUCAAGUCGCAGGCGCUCGGCGGCCACCAGAACGCCCACCGCAAGGACCGCCUCGCCGGCUUCCUCUGCGACCCCUACAACAACAACGACAGCCCAUCCCGGGGCGCCGCCGUCGCGAGGGCGUCCACCGGGCCGUCGUGCGAUUCAAGCGCCGGCCGGUUCAUGUGCACUUCCGUGGCCUCGCACGGCGGUGGCGUGGAGGCGGCGCCAGCCUCCGACGCCUGCAAGCCUGAGAGGUGGGGGCGAGGCAGUGACGCUCCACGCUUCGCGGAGCACACGCUGCUCCAGGACCCGUUCGGUGGCCGCGACGGCAUGGCGGGCUGGUCAAGGGCCUCGUUCGCAAGUGGCGCCGGCGAGGCUCUGUACCUGGAGCUGCGCCUCUAG